AUGAAUACAUUUUUAAAUGAUUUAAAAUUAGGUUUAAAUAUAAAUUCUGCAAUUGAAAGAUUACAACCACUAACUGAUUUGAUUCAUGAAACAAUUACGUUACCCAUUGAAGAAGAAGAAGAUGAAGAAGAAGAUGAAGAUAAUUAUGAUGAUAAUGAUGCUAUAGAAGAAGGUAUAAAACAAGAAGAACCAGUCGGAGUUGAUUCAAUAGUUAAUAAAUCUCAACCUUUUAUUUAUGAUAUUGUUAAACCUCAAGUUAAAAGAUUAAAAAUAUUAAGAGAAAAUAAGAAUGAUUAUAAUAAUGAAGGAGAUAUUUCACUGGUUUCUUCGGAUAUUGAAGGAUUAACAAAAGAUGAAAUUAAAGAAUUAACAGAAUUAACAAAAGAAGAAUUUAAUCAAGAAAAAAUAUUAAGAAGUAGAAUUCAAAGAAUACAUACAAUACAGAGACUUAAUUCAUCUUCAAAAUCUCAUUUAGUUACUAAAUUAAUGAUGGGUAAUUAUUAUAAAUUUAUAAAUGAAGAAGAAGGAGGUGGUGGUGGUGGUGGUGGUGGUGGUGGUGGUGGUGGAAGAGGAGGAAGUGGAAAGGGAGUUUCUAUUGAUAAACAAUUAUUAAAGAAACAAAAAUUAGUUAUAGAAUCUGAAGAAUCUAAAGAAUCUAUAAGAGAGAAAGAAGAUGAACAAGAUGAACAAGAAGAAGAAGAAGAAGAAGAAGAAGAAGAAGAAGAAGAAGAAGAAGAAGAAGAAGAAGAAGUUAUAUUAACAGAAGAAGAUCAAUUACCAUCAUAUCAUAAUCAUAAUUUAGGAGUUUUUGGAUGUUGUCAUUAUCAAACAAAUUGUAAAAUUGAAUGUCCAACAUGUUUUAAAUGGUUUCCAUGUCGAUUUUGUCAUGAUUUAAAAGUUACGGAUCAUAAAUUAAUUCGUAAUGAAAUUAAACAUAUUUUAUGUAUGUUUUGUAAUACACCACAAUAUGCAGAUUCAAAUUAUUGUAUAAAUUGUGAGAAAGAAUUGGCAAAUUAUUUUUGUUCAAUUUGUAAAUUAUAUGAUAAUGAUCGAACUAAAGAAAUUUAUCAUUGUAAUAAAUGUGGAAUAUGUAGAUUAGGAUUGGGAUUAGGUAAAGAUUAUUUUCAUUGUGAUAUUUGUAAUAUUUGUCUUUCAAUAGAUUUAAAAGAAAAACAUAAAUGUGUAUCAAAUACAACACAUUGUGAUUGUACAAUAUGUAAUGAAUAUUUAUUUACAAGUGUUCAAAAAAUUGUAUUUAUGAAAUGUGGUCACCUGAUUCAUCAACAUUGUUAUAAUGAAUUAAUUAAAUAUAGUUAUAAAUGUCCUAUAUGUAAAAAAACAAUAGUUAAUGUUGAAUCACAAUUUAGAUUAUUAGAAUUAGAAAUUGAAAAUAAUAAAUUACCUAGUCCCUAUGAUAAAUGGAGAUGUAUUAUAAGUUGUAAUGAUUGUAAAGGAAAAUCGAAUUGUUCAUAUCAUGUAUUGGGAUUAAAAUGUAAAUAUUGUAAUAGUUUUAAUACUAAUCAACUUAAAUUGAUUAAACCAGAAGAAGAAGAAGAAGGAGAUGAAGAAGAAGAAGAAGGAGAAGAAGGAGAAAUAGAAGUAGAAGGAGAAGAAGUAGAAGUAGAAGAAGAAGAAAAAGAAGAAAAAGAAGAAAAAGAAGAAAAAGAAAAAGAAAAAGAAGAACAAAUUGAUGAAAAUCAAAUACAAAAAAGUUUGAUAAAUAAUUUUGAUGAUAAUUUAAUGAAAUCAGUUUCAUUAAAUUUACAAAAUAAUUUUAGUAUGGAUGAAAAACAAAUUGAAAUAGAUAGUGGAUAUGAAGAAGGAGAUGAAAAUUAUAGUGAUGAUAUUGACGAUGAAGAAAAUGGAGAUAUUAAUAAUUUAAUAAAUUUUAAUAAAUUAACUAAAUCCAAUAAUUUAAAUCAAUAUAAUGUUUCAUAUGUAGCUAAUAUUUUUCAAAAUUUUAUAAAUAAUGCAACUAAAAGGGAAUAA